UGAAGUUGAUCCAAAAGCUGCUCGAGAAGCAUGGCAUCGAGCAAGUUGUGCGGUCCGUGGUGCAAGCUAGGAGAAGUCCACCGGAGCCCAUCCGCGUCCUCGGCUUGGACAUCAACACCAACAGCACGGGUUUUGUCGUGUUGAAUGAAUUGGGUUAGGACUGCACCAAACAAACGUUGUCAUUCUUCUCCGUGCCCACCCUUGGAUGUGUUAGGGGGCAUCGAGUCCAGCGGCCACAUCUGCACCAAACAUCUUCAAAGCGACGGCCAGAUCCUCGACAUUGGCAUCGAGAUAGCUGCUCGAAUGAGCCAAGUGCACAACCAUGAGCUGUCCACAACUCCGUUGGUGGCGUGGGAAGUCGGGAUCGAGGACUUUCUACGCACGUUCUCCCCUGGUCAGUUCAAGACCAAGGGAUUGUUUCAACUCGCGCAGCUGAAUGGAUUGGUGUCGUACUGUGCGCUCACGACGUUUGGUGUGGCGCCCAUCCACGUCCAUCCGACGGCCGCGCGUCAUUUCUUCGCGCUCAAAGUGCCGCCGGGGGUCCCCAAGAAGAAGGACGAGAUCAAGCGAGUGGUGCUGGCCCAUGCCAUCGCCAGCGAACCCGCGCUGCACCUACCCCACAUGACGAUCCCGGCGCAAUUCGACGUAGCCGACGCAUACGUCGUGGCAUCUUACACGUACUGGCGGCGCGUUGUGGACACGGUCAUCGCAACCUCCCAUCCGCUGCAGUCGACAUUGUGGCCAGACAUGGAGAAGCAAUUGGCCCGGCAGAUCGCGUCCCGAAGCGCCAAAACCAAAUCGUUUUCCAAACAGGCGUACUUGCAGCUCGUGUUUCGACAGGAAGUGGACAUUUGGGUGCGUGACCACCGCACCACAUGCUGCUAACGAGCUCGACUUGAUAGACCGAACAACAAUAGUGAACAUAACGCAUAGUAUAUACUUACUGCCA